CCUGUCUCUUCUCUUAUAAGGUUUUUCUCCCCUUGUUUAUCGAAAAAAAUCCAAAAAUGGAUCGUGUCCGAAAAUCAGAUUUCUUUUCCAUUGUUCUUGUUCUGUGUUUUGUCCUCAACAGCUUACUCUGUAAUGGAGGCGUCACCAGUAGAUAUGUCAGAAAAUUAGAAGCAACCAUUGAUAUGCCUCUUGAUAGCGAUGUUUUUCGUGUUCCUUGUGGCUAUAAUGCUCCUCAACAGGUGCAUAUAACACAAGGAGAUGUAGAAGGGAAGGCAGUGAUAGUAUCAUGGGUUACACAAGAAGCUAAAGGAUCUAACAAAGUCAUUUACUGGAAAGAUAAUAGCUCUAAAAAGCAUAAAGCUCAUGGCAAAACCAAUACUUACAAGUUCUACAAUUAUACUUCUGGUUAUAUCCAUCAUUGCCCCAUCAGAAACUUAGAGUAUGACACCAAGUACUAUUAUGUAGUAGGUGUGGGACAAACAGAGCGUAUGUUUUGGUUCUUCACUCCUCCUGAGAUUGGUCCUGAUGUUCCCUACACUUUUGGUCUCAUUGGGGAUCUUGGGCAGAGUUAUGACUCAAACAUAACCUUGACACAUUAUGAGAAUAACCCAACAAAAGGGCAAGCGGUUUUGUUGUUGGCGAUAUCUCAUACGCUGAUACUUAUCCGGAUCAUGACAAUAGGAGAUGGGACAGUUGGGGAAGAUUUGCUGAAAGAAGCACAGCAUAUCAGCCUUGGAUUUGGACUACCGGAAACCAUGAACUCGAUUUUGCCCCCGAGAUCGGGGAAAACAGACCGUUUAAGCCAUUCACGCAUAGGUACCGUACUCCUUAUCGGUCAUCAGGCAGCACAGAACCAUUCUGAGGAGUUCCCAAAAGUUAACAGGACGGAAACUCCAUGGUUGAUUGUUCUGAUGCAUUCACCGUGGUACAACAGCUAUGAUUAUCAUUACAUGGAAGGUGAAACCAUGAGAGUGAUGUAUGAGGCGUGGUUUGUCAAGUACAAAGUAGAUGUAGUUUUUGCAGGUCAUGUCCAUGCCUACGAAAGAUCGGAACGUGUAUCAAACAUAGCUUACAAUGUUGUUAACGGCAUUUGCACUCCAGUCAAAGAUCAAUCAGCUCCAGUCUACAUCACCAUUGGUGAUGGAGGCAAUAUUGAGGGAUUGGCCACCAAAAUGACUGAGCCUCAGCCUAAGUACUCUGCCUACAGAGAAGCAAGCUUCGGGCAUGCGAUAUUCUCGAUAAAGAACAGGACGCACGCUCGCUAUGGAUGGCACAGGAACCAUGAUGGUUACGCGGUGGAGGGUGACAGAAUGUGGUUUUUCAACAGAUUCUGGCAUCCUAUUGAUGAUUCUCCUUCAUGUAAUUCUUGAGAAUCUAUAAGAAUAUAAUUUGUUGUAUCUCUAUGAUUGAAUAACAAUGAAUAAAUGCAUUGUGAGUGA